AAGCCAUCUCACGUUAACAUCAGUCAACAUGGCCAAAAACAAGGUCAACUCAAAGCAGGCAACCAGCACUCGCCGCCCCAGUGCAGGGCCUCUCAUCCCUACGCCCGACCCUGCCCACGCCAUCGCCCACGUCCCCACUCAUUCUACAGACGAAAAGCGGGACCUCAAGUCUGCCAAUGGCACCGGCGCCAAUACGCCUGAGGAAGUCGAAGACGAUAUUUGUUUCAUUUGCGCAGAGCCUAUCCAGUUCUGGAGUGUGGGUAUCUGUGGACACCAGACUUGCCAUGUUUGUGCUAUUCGACUGAGGACAUUCUACAAGAAGGACCACUGUACUUUCUGCAAGACAGACUUACCUACUGUCUACUUUUCCAGACUGCCUACCGCCGUCUUCCCAGAGGAGAAUCACCUAACGCCGUCGCCUGCUGCAAAGAUCGCAAAAGCAAAGGCCGAAGCAAAGAAGGAUGAAAAAUGGCAGAAGGGGCUGAUUCUGCCUGGCACUCUGGAUUUGGGAGCCUUUCCCUAUGUGGAUGACAAGCUCGGGGUGGUGUUUGAAGAUGAAGACAUGAUGGAAGCUACCCUCACUCUCCUUCGCUUCAACUGCCCUUACACUGAUUGUGGUUUCCAAGCAGUCAACUGGGCUUCUCUCGAGCGCCACACUCUUUCCACCCACGGGCUUGUCAUCUGUACUCUCUGUCGGUCCCAGCUCUCCCGCUUUGCCCACGAGCAAACUUUGUACCCGCCGCAUCUAUUGCCGCUGCAUGAUCCCUCCAGGGUCAAGAGGGGACAGAAACCACCAAAGACGAGGAAUGCACAAGAGGCUGAUCUGGUUAAAUCUUGGGAGGCGCCGCACCCUGUCUGCGAGUUCUGUCACCGCGCUUACUUUGGCCCCGACGACCUCUUCAAACACAUGCGCAUCGACCACGAAGAAUGCCACGUCUGUCGCGAACAAGGCAACCGCCACGUCUACUUCGAAAACUACAUUCGCCUCGAGCACCAUUGGCGAGACGACCACUACCCCUGCUCCCAACCGCAGUGUCUGGAAGACCGGUUUGUAGUCUUUGGGAGCGAGUUGGAUUUGAGGGCACAUAUGAUGGAGGUGCAUGGGAAUCAGAUGAGUGCGAGGGAUAGGGCGCAGGCGAGGACUUUGCAGCUUGAUUUCAGCAGGCCUUCUGGUGGAGAGAGUUCGGGUGGACGAGGGUUCUCACUUGGUGGUCGGAAUGCGGGGUCUUCCACAGGACCGUCGAGGAUGCGUAACGACGGACCCCAAGUACAGGCGUUGGACGACACACCUGCUAUGACCCCGGCGAUGAUUGCUCAGCAGAGGCGGCAGAUGGCUGUGGAUCGAGAAGGAGGGACGGCGGGGGCCAGUAGUAAUCAGAGCGCGAGGAGGAGGGGAUUCGAUGGAGGGUUGACUCGGCCGGCGGGGCAGGCGACGAAUGGACCGGCGAGGAGUGGCGCAGCUACACCUGUCACUUCUGCCACCCCUCGGGAAGAUGUCGACGACGUGACCGUCUCGCGACACGAAGAACUCCUCUCCCGAGUGACCAUGCUCACCGGCGACUCUCCCACCAAACUCGCUUCCUUCCGACACGCCGUCCGAUCUUUUAAGACCAACGAAUCUUCUUCUCGCGACAUGAUCGACACCAUCUUCAACGGUGUCUUUGAGCUCGACCUCGACGUCACUGUUGCUAUAGGCCGCGAAAUUGCCAAGCUCUUUGCCAGCGAGGGUGACAAAGACAAGGAAAAGAGCAUUUUAGAGGCGGUGUCGGGGUUGAGGGCGGAACAGGCGAACGAGUUCCCGUCUCUCUCUACCGGAUCUUCCCAGACUGGGUAUGGUAACCACUAUGCCGGUGUCGCUUCUGGUACCGUCCUGAACGUCAAACGCGCCACCAGGCCGUCGGCCGGUCAAGGACGGGCUGUCUGGGACCGAGUGCAACAGGCGGCAGAGAGGGGUGCUGCAAGCCGGCCAGCACCGAGGGCCACGACUGGCGUCGGUGGCAGGUGGGUGCCGGGUGCUACUACAAGCCGCGCCAGUCCGGGCUCGGAAGCUUUCCCUUCUUUGGGCAGCUCUUCCGCUGGGCCUUCUGCGUCUUCGUCCAGACAGACGUGGGCGUCGGGAUCAGCUGGGCCUUCUACGUCGAAAGCGCCUUCAGCGCUCGUCCCCCAGAUCCGGUCCGUCAACAACCCUUCCAACCCUAGCACCGGCCGGAAACCCAAAGCGCCCAACCUUUCGGCUUUCCCGUCGCUUCCUUCUUCGAGCAAGCCCAAGAAGACGACCAAGGAAGAGAGGCUGGCGUUGAUUGGCAAGCCUCAAGGGAGGGCUGCUGCUACCGAGCAACCAGAGCUUGGGUCGAGGGAGGCGAUGGAGGGGUUGAGUAUUGGGGAACGGUCGGAGGCUCCGCAGGGAGGUGGUAAGAAAGGAAAGGGGAAGGGAAAGCAGACGCUGUUCACUAUUAGUGCUAGACCUCAGUAGAUGUACUUCCUUGCAUGAAUGUAAAUCUUGGAGGG